GAUUUGACAAAGCGAGCAUGCUUGCCGAACUUGAGCAGCGCGUUCAGACGUGGAAGGUGCAGUGGGCCUCCGAGAUCCUCCCAGGUCUCUGGCUCGGCAGCGGCAGCGCAGCCUCCAAGCUUGAGUCGCUGCAGCGCCAGCGCAUCACCCACGUGCUCAACGUCGCGGACGACGUGCCCAACUUCCAUCCCAACGCGUUCCUUUACGGCAACCUCGGCGUCACCGACUUUGGCCAGGACGUCGGCAUCCGCCGUGUCUUUCCGACAGCAUUCGCCUUCCUCGACGACGCUUUGGCCCACGACGACGGACGCGUCUUGGUGCACUGCGCAGCGGGUGCGAAUCGGUCUGCCACCGUCGUUCUCGCCUACCUCAUGCACGCCAGAGAGAUGUCGCUGGCCGAUGCGUGGGCCCAUGUGCGCAGCCGCCGCCGAGGCAUCUGUCCGCUCCGAGACAACCGCCAGGAGCUCUUGGCUGCUCGCUAG